CACCACCAGUUUCUCUAGACAAGCACCAACUCACCAAGUACCAUCCCUGAAAGAUUGUCGUCCCCUAACACACUGUUGGUAGCGAUUUCCUGGUCAGGCGUUGUAUGUUGAUUGUCACCGACUCCUGCCUCGGGAUCUGCGAACUAUCACUUCUGGAAACCGUAGCACGAGCCGCUUAUCAUUCUCUCUGUCCCCUGGCCUUGAGCCAGCUGAUUAUUCGUCGACAUUCCUGUGUCAGCCAAUUGAUCGACUUGACAGAAGUACUUCUUUGUUAGAACCAUUUUUGACUGCCGAGUUGGAUUUACAGAGAAUUUCCUACUCAGCCUUAUCUCGCGUCAUCCUGCUCCGCAGACUGUCUAGAUUGCUGCACCGACGCUGUGAUCAGAUCAUUCCCUCAGCUGAGCCCACUUCCUGCAGCUGCACUGCCCGUGAGCACGUCUAUGGGAGCUGGUUGCGGGCCUCCAGCGAGUGACACGACAGAUCAGGCAGCUGUAGCGAACGGCUUCAGUGCUCAACAAGGACAGGCUGGCACUUCAUCGGAACAGGUUGGAGGCUCGUCUCGGCCUGGAUCGGACAGUCCUUUGGUUCAGCCUCAUUCCUCAGUAGCCGCUCCCAGAGCAGACACGGGAAUAUCCGCCUCGUUGAGUUGUGCUCCGGAGUCCAGCAACACGUAUGUUGCUGGCGCAGGGCCAGUAGUAGGCGUUGGAUCUUCGACUCUGGCUGGUGCGUUUUCCUCAACCAUGCCCUCUGCUACCACGUCAUCCGCUUCCGCGCUCGCUGAUAACGUCUCCGGAGCCGCCACCACCACCGCUGCUGCUUCCAAUGGCAGCACCGGCACCGCUGCUGCUGCCGCCGCUGCUGCGGCUGCAGCAGCAGCAACGCCGUCGAUAUCGCCGUGCGGCGCAUGCAAGUUCCUGCGACGCAAGUGCACGAGCAGCUGCGUGUUCGCGGCGUACUUCUCGCCCGAUCAGAGCCUGCGAUUCGCUAAUGUGCACCGCAUCUUCGGCGCCAGCAACGUGGGCAAGCUGCUCCAGGACCUCCCACCGCCCAGCCGAGAAGACGCCGUGAACAGCCUGUCUUACGAGGCCGAGGCCAGGAUCAGCGAUCCAGUCUAUGGCUGCGUUGGGGCGCUGUUUGCGCUGCAACAACAGGUGGUGCGGCUGCAAACGGAGCUAGCUAUGGCCCAGACGGAGAUAUCUCGUCUGCGCACUAUCACGGGCACGCCCUCGGGCCUCGCCCACACGCCUCACGGCCACCCCCACGCGCACACACACCCGCACGCGGCCGCCUCCGCUGCUGACAUGAUGACGGCCUCCUUCCUCCCUGUCAGCGCCGCUGCUGCCGCCUCCGCUGCUGCUGCUGCUGCGUCGGGCCAUGCAGGCAUGCUGGGCGGACCUUACAAUGGGAACGGGGCGCUCUUGAGUCAGGCAUAUGCGAGCAACGGCCUCAUCAAACCCGAACUUGACACAUUCGCAGGCGCCAGCAUGGCAGCAGCUGCCGCUGCUGCAGGGCUAGGAGGAGCUAGCAGUGCAACAGCAGCCAACGGCCUGGGCCCUGCCGCUGCUGCUGCGGCUGCUGCGGGCAUGGGGUCUGUUUCCAUGGCAAUCCCUGGCCUGCGCGGUCCUGAAGGCCCCUCGCCUGCAUCGCUGAGCAUGCUGAUGCAGCCGCCUGGGCUCAUGAACGCCUCUCGCCUCUACGCCCUGCCGCCUCAGCCAGGCGCAGCGGGCCCAUCGGCAGGGAUGCCGCCGCACCUGCAGUUCCGGCCACUGGAUGGCAUGGCGCCCAUGGAGCUCAGGGGCAGCACACACGACCUGACAGCAGCUCAUAUGAGCAUGCUGGGAGGUGUGUUCAUGCCAUCACCCCCAGCCGGCAUGUCUCUGCCCAAUGGGGCUCUCAAUGGCAUGGGUGGGGGCAGCCAUAUGCCUCGCAGCAUGGACUUCAGGGAUGGGGCGUCCGUUGGGAUGGGGGAGCCAGAUAUGGUGGAUGGGAACAUGGGGUGUAUAGAGCACUACAAUGAUAUGGCAGCUGCUGUUGGCGCUGCACACACUGCAGUGGCCAUGUCACGAUGAGGUGCCAAUCUCUGGUAGCAGUAGCACUAGCACUAGCAGUAGCAGCUACUGGCACAGAUGCUCCUUGGGCGUUGAACUCCUGCCAUUGUGCGUUGUCUGCCUUGCGGGGUCUCGGCCAAAUCAUGCUGAGUAUCCUACCAUGCUGUUGCACAGCUCUAUAUCAUUAUCAACUGUUGCUGGCCCGAGGCAUUGAAUUCCCGUAGUGCACUUCUCUCACUGAUGGACUAGCUGCCUGGCCUGUACAACUGGAUAUUAUUGUCAUGAUUUAGCUGUGGUCAACACGU